AUGAGGCAAGGCGACUUUCCGCCGCCUGUGACUGCAGGGGAAGGCGCGAGUCAUCCUUCGGCUUCGCUUCACUUUGGCCUGCCGCCUCCGCCGCCGCCGCUGUCUCUUCUGUCUGCGCUCAACCCCCCGGCCUCCAGCGAGCACACGGCCUUCGUCGCGCCGCCUGCGUCAGCCGCGACUUUUUCGCCGGCGCUCGCCCCAGCAGUGCCGCCGGCCUCGCUCGCGUCUCUUCCUUCCGCUGGCGCGCAUCCGCGAGCUCCGGCUGCGCGCGCUGCGAGGCCUUCCGCAGAGGUCGGCGCGGGGCGUGGCGACGGCGGGGCGUUUGUCGGGGAAAAACUCAGUCGGCUGCAUGCGCUUCGUGCGCGGCUGCAGCGCUCCGCAUCAUCAGGCGCCUCGGUGGGCAGCGCGCUAGCGGCCGCCGCAUCGACGCCGGGGACGCCUCCUCUGGGGGCUGCGCCUUCCGCGCUCGUGGCCCCCCCGCCCUCUGAAGGUCUGCACGUCCCCUCGCUGCCGCUGACUGCGUCGGGCGCGGAGGAGGCGGCGGCGCUCACGGCGAGCGCGUUCGCCGCGGACGGAGGCCCUUCGUCGCGGGUUUCGCCGCCUCGUGACGUGUUUGUCGAGCCGCAGGGGGGGGGGCUGGUCGGAGGCGCACCAGAAGCCGCUUCGGCGGCGCCUUUGCACCGCGGGAUGAGUGGAGGAGGCGGCUUGGGAGCUGGCUCGCCGCCGCGGCUGCUGGCGGCGGGUGUCGCGGGGGGGCCACAGCCGAAGCGCGACGGGCGGCUCAAGCCCCCGCCGUCGCUCGUGGCCUCUCAAAAGAAAGCCGCGCCCACAGAGGCGACCGCCACGCACGCCCUCGGCAGGGGACUCGGCGCGAAGGCAGCGCCUGUCGUCCCGCCGCCCGCGAUCGCCACCUGGGGCUCCGCCGCGCCCGCGGCGCGGGCGGAGAAGUUUGCGGGCGGAGAAGUGCCUUCGAAAACGCCGCCGACGACCGGGCCUCGCUCAGUGUCUCCUCCCACCGUACGGGGGCCGCUGGCGGGGGCCGCGGCUCCGGACGCCGCGUCUGCGCCGCUGCCUGCUCCGACCGCGCCGGCGGGGCCUGGGGCUCCGGUCUCCGCAGGCCGCGUCGCGGCGGGCGUGGAGCUGCGCCGGCAGAUUCUCUUGUCGCCGCAGCGAGCCGCGGGCGUGCCUGCGCCGAAGGCCGGCGCGGAGCCGAAAGUCGAGGCGGGGGAGACUGCGCGCGGCGCUGGAGGCUCGCUGCCUCUGAGCGCGAAGAAGGCAGAGGUCUCCGCGGGCGGCACGGCUAAGAAGGCUGGGGGGGACUUCCGGGCGCGGGCGCGCAGCUCGCCAAGGGGGGGCGAGGGGCGCUCAACGCGCAGCCUCUUUUGA